AUGCAGCAGGAUGUGCAAACAGACGCAACACGUAACAUCCAACAAUGUUGGGAGUUGUUGGCCAAUAAUGUUGUGUACAUUUGCACGCGGCUUUUCUCAGUGACGCAGAUACUUACCUCUGUUUACUUGUAUGAUUUGGUGUCUGUAGAGGGUUGACUAUAUUUGAUAGCAUGUGAUGGUAUAUGGAUACUGGUACAUAAAUACAUGAGAUGAGAUGCCACCUUAACACUAUAAAAUAAGUUAAUAUUGAGUAAAGUUCUCCAUUUCAGUCAUUUUUGUGUCAAUCAAUUUGGUAUAAACUAAACAUUGUUAAAUCACAAGCACUAUUUGUUUUAUAUUUUGCACAGGAAAAGCAAAAAGAAACAAUUCCUCUGCCAAUAAAAAGUUCCAACAAGCAGCAAGUGUGUUACAGGAGUCUACCAACAAGACUGGCAUUCAGGUGAUUAUGUUAAAAAAACAGACACCCCAGUAGACGAAACACAACAUUGUUGCAUUUUACAGCCGACCUUGUGUAUGCAAAGUUUAUUGUCAUAACAUGUCCUGGGAAAAAUAUGUCAUGUGAUCGACAUUUUAGGGAAAAAAGGAUGACUAUCCAUCGAUGUAAGGUGUAAUGUGCAUGCACUUGACUGUACAAUAUUACUGGGAAAGCUGUUCAUACUUCAAUCAACAUUUUUGACCUAGCUACAUUGUACAUCUAUGCUUCAUUGAUAAUGAAAUAAAUAGUUGCUAACAACACCCACAAUGGGGUAUUCACUUCAUUGGCUCAGCAUGAUAGCCAACAAAGUUGCACCCCUUACAUGUACAGGGUUCAUACUCUUUUGACCUCUUCAAAUUCCAUGAUUUUUCCCUGACUUUUUCCAUGGACUCAUCCAGUUUUCCAUGACCUUAAGUUUAGCUGUCACUUUUGAAAAUUUUCAAAACUAUUCUUGUUUUGGUGGAAUCUUAACUCAAUUCAACAGACACAAAAACUGGUGUCCACCAAAGUUUGUGCCAUGCAUUCACACUGAUAAAAUAACUCGUGUCUAUCUUACUUUGUCCUUGCUUUUGACAUCUGCAGUAACUAAUCUACUAAAUGUAACAUGAAUUUUCCAUGAUUUCAAGGACCAACAAUUAAAUUCCAUGACUUUCCAGGCCUGGAAAGUGAAAUUUUUAAAUAUUCUUAAAUUUCAUGGCUUUCCAGGUUUUCCAUGACCUGUAUGAACCCUGAUGUAUGCCUUAUUCUAACUUGGGAUUAUAGCAUGUCCAUGGUUACUUGCUUAAUUAUUUUGGAGGUGUGAUGGUCUACUAUGGGUAAAUGUAUCAGACUUCAUAGCUGGCCCUAGCUUUUUAAAACCUAGAUAAUGUUUCGAACUCAUUAAAUUAUUUUUCAGAGUGUUUACUCUAUCAUUGCAGGAAAGCCAAACUAACAGCUCAUUACCAGAGGAAAAAGCAAUGAAAGACAUAACUGACAAUGCUGUACCAUUGCCUCCACAACAAGCACAGGAAGCAUCUUCCAUUGAACAAUGCACAUUAAGUGAGGAAAAGCCUUCAUGUUCACUAGACUCGUUAACAGACUGUAAAUCUAAUGAAAUGGCAAAACCUGAAGAAAGACCAUCAAAUUCCAUCGUUGAUGAAGACAUGACAAAUGAAAAAGAGCCAAAAGGGAAGUCAGAUGGGAAAAAGGUGAAGACAGUAUCGAGCCCAUUGGAUAUGUUAAAGUGGAGAAACAAAAAGGCAGGAUCAGAAACUAAAAGAGGAAAGAAAAAAGAGUAAGAAAACAUUUUGUUAGUCUUACUUAAUCCUUGAAUAAAAUCACUUGAUAAAAAAUAUUUUCAUAAGUAGCUUUUGUCUGUUAUAAAGCAAAACACAGACUGAGGCUUCUUUUAGUAAUAAUUAGUAAUAGUAAUAAUUACUGAUAGCACAUGUAAGACAGAGCACAGUGGAUGAUGGGAAGAUAAGAUGCAGAGGAGGGAGCUGUGCUUUGUGUGAAUUAUCAAUAGGAUUAUUAAUAUAUUUAAUGAUAUUUUAACCAGGAAGAAGAAUGAGGAAGUGCAUUCAAGACAGACUGCGAUGUCUGAAUAUUUUUCAGUUAGACGAAGUGACAGAAAGUGCAAAUCAGCUAUUCAGGUAUCUCCUAUAUUUUUUAUGUUAAUUAAAUGUCAAAAUAAUACUCAGUCAACGGACAAUGUCUGGCUAAGAUGACCGUUUGUCUGGUCAAACUCUCAUUUUGCUAGUCAUUUUGACCAGACACUUAAGCAACCAGAAAAAAAUACAUUUUCACCUCAUUACAUUUCAAGGGGACAAGCACCUUUUUCCAUUAUUAUUGUUUUUGUUUGUUAUGUUAAAAUAUUCAAGUUAGUUUGACCGGUGAGAAGAAAGACGUGACCAAAAUAUUCUUGGCCAGUGAACAGGACUAGCAAUAAACCCAAAUUUUUUCUAAGCCCUGGGGCCUACUUCUCGAAAGACCCACAAGCUUUUCAGGCCUGAAGGCAAAUUUUAAAAUCCAAACUUGUUGAAUAGUAGCACAGUUCCUAGCUCAGUUUUGCUUCAUUAACUGAUUGUUUCAUUGUAUCAUUGUCAAAUAAAGACACUUUUGAUCUUGAAUGUAAAUACAGGAAACUCAAAAUGGCUUUCUGGGCCCAAACAACUACCCAGACUUUCGAGAAACAGGUCCCUGGCUUUAACCAAGGAAGAUUACAUGUACCUUGUGAGCAAUUUUUAGUUAUCUUUUAGUCUCAGAGAUCUGAAAUCAAAUAAAUUUCAUUAUGGUUAAAUUCUCAUAACCUUUUGUAUUAUAAUUUUGUUUUCAGAAAGAAAAGCAAAAAGCUCUUGAAGAAGCACUGUUGUCUGGCAGAGAAGAUGGCCUUGAGGUGAGAUUUCUUAUGCAAAUUGAAUUUAUUUUGGUUUGCAUAUUUACUCUGUAACAAUUGCAGUUUAAUAAACUAAUUGUUCCCCGAACAAUAGAUAUAAGAAUGAUGAUGAUAAUGAUAACAAUAAUGAAAAUAAUAAUAAUAAUAAUAAUAAUGAUGUGUGUGCGACUUUUCCUUCUAACACCUGUUAAAUUUUUUUCAAUGGGGCAUAACUAUGGUAACAUCAAAAGAAAGCAACCUUAACAACCACCCAGAUGUUUGCUGGAGAUUUCUGCAUAACAAGAUAAAACAACCAAUCAGUAGAGGUGCUAUGAAAUUUCCUGUCUAAAAGAUGCGCUACAGGCAGUGAAAACUGCCAGAAACAAACUUAAGUGUGACCACUUGCAUCAGGAUAUGUAAUAUACCGCAAAGAAAUACCAAGGGAUAUUGCACUUCCUUCUGUCAACAAAAUCAUUCNAAUGGGGCAUAACUAUGGUAACAUCAAAAGAAAGCAACCUUAACAACCACCCAGAUGUUUGCUGGAGAUUUCUGCAUAACAAGAUAAAACAACCAAUCAGUAGAGGUGCUAUGAAAUUUCCUGUCUAAAAGAUGCACUACAUGCAGUGAAAACUGCCAGAAACAAACUUAAGUGUGACCACUUGCAUCAGGAUAUGUAAUAUACCGCAAAGAAAUACCAAGGGAUAUUGCACUUCCUUCUGUCAACAAAAUCAUUCUCUUGUUUUCCUGCUUUAGGUACGAGAAGUAGAAGGCAAAGGGAGAGGUGUAUUUUCAACAAAAGCUUUCUCAAAAGGGCAGUUUGUUUGUGAAUAUGCUGGAGAACUCAUUGACUAUAAGAAUGCUAAAGAACGAGAACAAUUUUAUGAAGGAAAAACAGAAUAUGGGUGCUACAUGUAUUACUUCAACUUCAAGAACAAAAAGUUGUGGUGAGUAUAAUGUUUUGAAUUGUCCUCAUUUCUGCAAUGAGAAACUGUCAAGAUUAUGACCCUAUCUUCUUGCAACUUGUCUUGCAAUUUGUUGCGAUACAAGGUAGAGAAAAUUGUCUAGUCCAAGUUCAGCCUCUGUCUCUCAAAGUUAUUGUUACAACAAGCGUUUGCACAAAGAAGAAUUAUUGAAAAGUUAUACUUCUCUAGAGCAUAGUUAAUAGUACUAUUUGCAGAGGAUUCCUAAAAGGCUUGUGCAACAUGUCUCACAAUGGCACAACAAAACUGUAUUGCAAGCUGCCAGUGUGCAAGGCCUGUAGGUUUGGAAAUUUCAAAAAUAUAAUCAUUACUGGAGCUGCUGUAUAUAAAGGCCUUAAAAGUGUUGUCCGUAGUUUUCAUGGCAACAGAACAGAAGCAGCGCUGCUACUUCUCAUCCAUUCUCUAUCUUCUGAAGUUCCGUGAAAACUGACACAACAUUGUUGGCAAACAAAUCCCAAAGUUGCAGGGUGCUAUGUGUUGCAUCUGUUUGCAUACCCUGUUCCAUGUUGUUGGGAGUUGUUGUGCAAAGUUUUAAUCCAAUCAGACUUUUGAGUCAAUGACUCCCAGCACUUUUUUUGUAUUGUCAUCACUGAAGCGUAGUGCAACAAUGUUGGAUCCGUUUGCACAGCGCUUCAGCUCUUUCAGUUUACACAUGGUCUCCUCGAACAUCAUUCACGUGUGUUACAGUAUUACUAAAUCUUAUAGGUCGCAUCCUUCCCAUAAUACACUGCAAGUCCCGAUAUUGUUGGGAGUUGUCUCUCUUUGUUUUGCACAUGCUCCCUAAAAACCCUUAAAACAAUCGAACCUUGCCUCUCUGAAAGAAUAUUUAUUUAAAAAAUGCCAUCUGUGACAUGCGCUCUGUUUAAAAUACUAACUUGUUUUUGUCCUCAAUCUAAACAGUGUUGAUGCUACAAAAGAGAGUGGAAGGCUCGGAAGACUGUUAAAUCACAGCAAAACUGAAGCGAACUGUGCCACAAAACUGGUGUGUGUACAGGACACGCCCCAUUUAAUACUGGAAACAAUCCAAGAUGUGUCGGAAGGAGAGGAACUUUUAUAUGACUAUGGAGAGAGAAGCAAAGACGUAAUUCAGCAUCAUCAGUGGUUAAAAAGUUAACAGCGAUUCCUACAGCUGUUCCUACCAAUUGAGUUCACGCAUGGUUUAAACAGAUGUCAGCAGAGAUUUAUAUGUAGACGUAAGGACGCUUUAUUUUGUCAGACUACAGGAGGUCAACCCCAAAGUUGUAUGGAUGUAUAUGUUAAUGCAUCUGGAGUCACUUGUAACUGGAUAGAAAAUAGUCUUUAUACGACGACUUUUCCGUUUUCCCUUCCAUUCAGUGCCUUAACAAAACAUUUAUACCUUCUGUAUAGAAACAUUUUGGCCACCUAAUGUGCCUGAUUAUUUGUUGUAUACACUAACC